AGGCGCAGGCGCAGUCCUCGCGGGUCGGGACUCGCGCACGCGCAGCGGCUGCGGGCGGCUGGGGCCAUGGACGACGAGGAGGAGACGUACCGGCUCUGGAAGAUCCGCAAGACUAUCAUGCAGCUGUGUCAUGACCGCGGCUACCUGGUGACCCAGGACGAGCUGGACCAGACGCUGGAGGAGUUCAAAGCCCAGUUUGGGGACAAGCCCAGUGAGGGGCGGCCGCGGCGCACCGACCUCACCGUGCUGGUGGCGCACAAUGAUGACCCCACCGACCAGAUGUUCGUGUUCUUCCCAGAGGAGCCCAAGGUGGGCAUCAAGACCAUCAAGGUGUACUGCCAGCGCAUGCAGGAGGAGAACAUUACGCGCGCCCUCAUCGUGGUGCAGCAGGGCAUGACGCCCUCGGCCAAGCAGUCUCUGGUCGACAUGGCGCCCAAGUACAUCCUGGAACAGUUCCUGCAGCAGGAGCUGCUGAUCAACAUCACCGAGCACGAGGUGCGUGGGGGGCAGGGCCGGGCGCCACCUGCUCCUGCCCUCGCUGCGGGAGGACGCGGGGAAUGCAGAGUCCCAGCCGCUGAGUCCGCUGUCCCCCAGGUGGUGAAGAUCAUCCGACCCAGCGAGACCGCCGGCAGGUACAUCACCUACCGGCUUGUGCAAUAGCACCGGCCCUCAAGACGGACGGCGACUGCCACCUCCAGGACUCGCCCUGCUCUGGGUGCGUCUGGGCCCCCAGCCUCGCCCCUGCUCCUGGCUCCCUGUGGCUCUGGGACUCCCAGCCCUUCACGUGAUGCUCGGAAGCGUCCCGGCCCCUCCUGGGCUCGCUUGCGGCAGGACAGCGAGGGACCUGUGUCCCCCCCCUCCCCUGGACCUGCGGCCACCACAGAAAACACGUUAAAAACUUUAUUUUUACAAAAUGAA